CCUCAAAAAGCUCUCUCUCUGUUCUUAUUACACCCAAGCUGUAAAGCUCUCUCUUCUUUGGAUUCAAAUUUUCUAGCUUCCUCUGAAAUCCCACUUUUUUCUCGUUCCUUUCCUUCUCUUCGCCAAUCCUCACUGUUUCUACAUCUGGAUUCCUCCUUUCUUCUUCAGUUCACUCAUCUGAUAAUCGUUCCUUUGUGGAUUUCUAGGUCUGUUCUCUUUGGUUCAGAGAAGAAUUUAUUGCUCGGAAUGCUGGGAUCUCUUUGACACCCACUGUAAAAACUAGUUCAAGUUUCUGGAUUGCACUUAGUUUUGAAGUUGACCCAAGAUUCGUUCGUCUGAAUUUUUCAGGAAAAUUCCUGCUUUUUCUUUACCCAGUUGAAUCUUCCUUUCGAAGGAUGGAUCUUUUUGUGAACCCAUCUUCGCUGAAAUCGAACAGAUUUGAAACAGCUAUAUGGGCAUCCAAGCUUGUGCUUAUGUCCAUGGGGAUUCUGUCCACUCUGGUUUUGUUUAAAGUGGCUGUAAUCCCAUUUACAUUUAACCUCGUCGUCUCCAUUGUUCCUCGUCUUUGGGCUUCUGCAAGAACCUUACUUUCGCCACCGUUCGUUUACGUCAUCGUCAACUUCAUCAUUAUCACCAUUGUUGCGUCCUCCAACUUCCACCACAAAAGCACACCCUAUUCUGAUUCCCCACCCGAUGAUCCCAAGCACACAACGAUCUCCGCCGCCAUUUCAGAACACGAUGUUUCCGAUACCACCCACCAACCCGUGCCAGAAAACCAAACCAAUGAGCCGAAUGAAGAACAAGGAGACGACGACGACGAAAGAACAAAUGUUAAAGACUCUGUUUUGUCUCCGGUGGACCCAUCAUCGGAAAAGAACGUAGGCAAGGAAUUCCCGCCGGAUUCUGAUGACUCGCUUGAUGGUACGUGGAGGGCAAUUAUGGAGGGGCAACGGAAGACGGCGACGCCGAUGCUUAAGAAAAGCGACACUUGGACGGCGACGAUCAGGAAAGCAGAGCCAUUGUUAGUCCGAGGAAAUGGUAAGGCAGAGGACGACGGCGGCGGCGACGACGACGACGAUCCAGCUGCCUGGGCUAAGAAGGAAUUGAGAAAAUCAGAAACUUUCAACGAUACGGCGUCGUUGAGGAGAGAGAAAUCGAUGAGCCCAGAAGAACUGUAUAAGAGAGCAGAAGCUUUCAUCAAGAACUUCAAUCACCAAAUGAGAUUGCAGAGGCUGGAAUCUUACCAGCGUUUCAUGGAACUGGUCAACGGAGUUUCUAAUUAAUAAAUUAAUCAAUAAUUAAUGUGGUUAAUCUUUCUUCCUUCUGAAAAAUUAACCAAAUUUGAGAGUCCUUUUAGAAGUUUAUCGACCUUUUGGAGGUGCACAUUCUGAGUUUGUGUUUGAGUUUUAGUUCUAUUUUCUCACUGCAUUGCCAAUUCUAUCUGUUCAGUAGAGUAACUCGCUAUGUAUAUUAUUCCGUAAUCUCUGUACCAGAAGAGACCUCUUCCCAAUUAGUAUUAAUCAUGUGGAAUCUUUCUAUGUAUAAAAUUCUAGAUUAAAUAUUGUUUAUCU